CUCGGCUAUUUAAACACUGGAAAUUUUACAAGACCUCCCAAGUCAGACGAGCCAUGACAUCCCUCCCACCGGUUCUGGCAGCCUUUCUAUAAGAUGACCUCCUUCUGUCUUUACACACUGUCCUCAGUAGGGUAGCCAGAAGGACUUGCUGCACUGCACAAUGAGAAUCUUCGUUGCCUUCGAGGGGUCUCGUGAGUCGUUUGACAUCGCUCUUGAUGAGACAGUGCUGGCUAUAAAACAGAUGGUCAAGGACUGCUUCAGUGUGCAGCUAUAUGAUGAUAAACAGAUACACCGGUUCCUGGAGCUGACGUUUGCCGGGGCUGUUCUGCAAGAUGACUGGUGUCUGGCAGAUGUUGCCAUAUCCUCAGGUACAACCAUCUGCUGCCAGCUGAAGGAGGUCAGCAAGGCUGUGCUCCAUGUGUUCAAUGCUGUGACAAAGGAGACCCUGCCUAUUAUGGGAACAGCAUGUCUGCUGGCUACCUCUGUCUCCAAUCUUAGGUCCCUGGUGUCCUUGCUACUUGGCCUGCCAGUGAGUGCUUUCACAUUAUCGACCCAGAGUGGAGCUGAGCUUUAUGACUGUAAUCUGCUCUCACACUAUGCUGUUGAAGCUGGAGAUACCCUUUGUCUGGACACUUGGGAUGGCUGGACGGAGUUCUUGAGAGACUCUUUGGAUGGACACACGAACAAAGUCUUAUGCCAUUUCUCUAAGGAUAAACCACUUCUAAGGUUUCAGAAAUGUUUGGCUCUUUAUGUUGCGGCUGCUCAUGGACACCUUGAAAUGGCCAGUUGGCUACUAGACAAUGGUGCGCAUGCUCACAAGCCUGUAGGUGUCCACCCUUCUCGUGUGUGGUGCCACGAAACGGACCACCCUGAGUCCUUAAAAUGUCCUGUACAUGCUGCUGUAGAGGCUGGCCAACUUCACAUUCUGAAGAUGUUCCUCAGUAGGAACAUACUAAACCUAGCCUGUCGAGAUCCCAGCAACCGAAACCUGCUUCAGAUUGCUAUAAGUCAUCAACACAAAAAAUGUGUAACUCAUCUUGUGUCCAAACUAUACACUAUGGUCACUUUCCGUGGUUUUGCACUUUCAACAUGGAUCUAUGUUCAGAUUAAAAUCUGGAUCAUCAAGGCUAAAAGGAGACUUUUUAAGACAUCUGUCCCAGCAGAUAGCGGUCCAUUCAGAAGCAGAGUGGGGGACACAUUGCAAAUUGAUGGCUUUUCCUUGUCCAGCAUGUCUCCAGUACCCAGGAGUUCUGUGUUCAAAGGAUGUACAUGGGUCAAAAAGUCAUCCUGUGGGUUUCAGUCUCUGACAUCACAGCGCUCAGUCUCAUCCUGUCCAUGUCAUCAACCUGCUGUCUUAUCAUCUCAGAAUGCAUCAGAGCGACUACCGCAGAUGCUUCCUCCUCUUGCCCCAAACAAAAGGACAGGGAAAAAGUCUAAGUGGAAUAACGGAUGUGGCAGACUGAAGCCAAAGCAAAUCCUGGUGGCUGAAAAUACUGAUCACAAACGGGGUGAAUGGAGAAGCAGAGUUCUUCUGCCCCACACGUUUCGAGAAACUGGUCCCAGACCUCCCUUUAUUCACAGAAAUCCUGAAUCAGUAAAAGUUUUCUGCUCCUCAUUGGAGUCCUUCACACGCCUUUGUGGACGCACUCCAAGAGAGAAUGCAAUAUACAGCUUGGCUAUUGCCAGUGCCUUUGUCAAGAAGCCCUGGCUACAGCAGUUUGCUGUGGCACAAACCCUGGCCCGAAGAAGCAUAGAAAAAUUCUCCAAAGUUAACUAAGAAUGCACAUUAAUCUGGGAAACACCAUGAAGACACACUGAAGGCUGUGAUGUGACUUAGGAACUGACAGCAGCUACUACUUUUAGAGCCUGAAACAAUUAUUUUGUAGAUUGUAGCUACUGUACAUUGUCCUGUAUCAGUGUAUUAGCACUGACAAGCUCAGAAUAUACUGAGGCAACUUUAUAAAACAAUAAAAUUGAAUGACUGAUUUUGUAUCCGGUUAAAUGAGUGUAUAGAGGAAUAUAUGAAGGAAACAUUAGCAAUAACAAAUAUGUUGCUGACAGAAUUUCAGACAUAAUUACAAACAAGUCAUUAGCAAUACUGUACUGUAAAAAUUGCAUUGUAAAUAAAUUACAAUCUGAGGAUACACUCACUGAACAUUUCCACCUUUAUUCCUGGUUCUACAAGUUGAAAUCCUAGGCAGAUCGUUGUAUUUUAGUAAUAUUUUUCAGCUUGCCUAUUACCGAUUUCUUUAAUUACUUUAUUAGUAACUGAUCAGUCAAUGUUUGACAUUUUCUGCCUUACUGUUUUCUUAAAAAUAACUUCUUACUAGCACUUACCAGCUGGCAAACAUGGCCUAGCAGGCUUGGCCUGUGUUUUAAGAGCUGGACACAACAAAAUGGAUUUAUUACAGUAUUGUCAGGUAUCAGGAGAAAUAAGUGACACUGAACAGUGAACUGGAUUUCCAGGGCAUAU